ACUAGUAACCACUCAUUCCACUAUAGGGAAAAGUCCAGUACCACAGCCAUUCAAUAUCUUUAUUGCUUAGGGCCCAUACUGUCAUCCUUAUGUUAGAAAUCUGACUAGAGGAUGACCUGGGUAAUAACCAAAGGCAACUUAAACUAAGAUGUACUUUGGUCUCCCGGAAUUGCUGUACCAGGAAAUACCUCAACACCUCUCCUUGGAAUGUUUUCAUUAAAUUAUAACUACUACACAGUGACCUAAAUUCUGUUUUCCCUUACAUACAAAUUAAAACAAAUUAUAUGUAUUUUGUAUUAAUUUGUACUAUAAUGCAAUAGGAGCAAAGAAAAUAGAUUAUUUGGUAGGGCCAAAUGUUUUUGGACAUUAGCCUGACCUACAAUGACAAAACUAGGACUUUGACAUUUUCCUAAAGGCUUGGAGUCCAUGAAAUCCUAUGAAAGAGAGUAUGACUCAGGAAGCAAAAAGACCACUGCUCUCAGAGGGAAAGAAACGUGCAUCACUGGGGGAAGUGGAAAGGAUCUUCCUGCCAAGUACAACAGUGAAUAACUGGGAUCAAAUACAGAAAUUCAGGUUCAAGGAUGAUGAUCUUCUCAUCUGUACCUAUCCUAAGUCAGGAACAACAUGGAUUCAGGAAAUUGUGGACAUGAUUGAACAGAAGGGAGAUGUGGAAAAGUGUCGACGAUCAGUCAUUCAUCAUCGGCAUCCCUUCAUUGAGUGGGCACGUUCACCUCAACCUACUGGUGUGGACCAAGCCAAUGCAAUGCCCUCUCCUCGAAUACUAAAGACACACCUUCCUACCCAAUUGUUGCCUCCAUCUUUCUGGGAAAGCACUUGUAAGAUCAUUUAUGUAGCUCGGAAUCCCAAAGACUGCAUGGUAUCCUAUUAUCAUUUCCAAAGGAUGAGCCAAACACUCCCAGAACCAGGAACUUGGGAAGACUAUUUUGAAAAUUUCAUGAAUGGGAAAGUGAGCUGUGGUUCCUGGUAUGACCAUGUUAAAGGAUGGUGGAAGGCAAAAGACAAACGCCAAAUCCUCUUCCUUUUUUAUGAGGACAUAAAAGAGAAUCCAAGGCGUGAAAUUCAGAAGGUGAUGAAAUUCAUGGGAAAGAACCUGGAUGAAACAAUACUAGAUAUAAUUGAGCAAGAAACAUCAUUUGAAAAAAUGAAAGAAAAUCCCAUGACAAACCGUUCCACAGUGCCCAAAACUAUUAUGGACCAAUCCAUUUCCCCCUUCAUGAGAAAGGGAAUUGUUGGAGAUUGGAAAAACCACUUCACUGUGGCUCAGAAUGAGAAAUUUAACAAUGACUACAAGAAGAAGAUGGAAGGAACCUCUCUAACUUUCCGCAUGGAAAUAUGACAACAGUGUGGAUAAUGAUGAUAAUGACAAUGAUGAAGUUGAUAAUGAUGAAGAUAGUGAUGAUGAUAAUAAUAGUAACAUUUAUAUAGCAUUGUCAGGUUUGCAAAGUGCUUUGCAAAUUUUAUCUCAUCUUAUCCUCACAAAUCCAUUCUUGACAGCUACCAAACAAUAGAACUUAAGAUGCUUUAAAUGUACAAUCUGUUAUAAAAUUGGUUUCCAAUUAUUAUGAUGAUCAUAUAACACUUGUUAAAAAGAAUAAUGAUUAAUAGCACCUAUUGUCUCUGCCCUUGUGAAUGAACUUAUUAGAAUAUGCAAAAUCCUGAGAUGUAGAAAUUAGAAAUUGUCUUCUCAUUGUUGACCUAAUAUAUUUUGUGAAGUCAACUAGCUUUCUAACCUACAAAAUAAUAAUAGCAUGAGCAUAAUUAGAUAUAUAUUAGUACAGCUACUAAAUAAGACUAUAUAUGAAUGAAAAAAAUUCCCAUAUGCUACACUGGUCCAAUUUUAAUCCCAUCUGAAAACUCCAGAGACUAAAAUGUUCCUGAACAAUUUAUUAGUGUAAUAGAGAGAAUAUUGGAUUUUUACUCAAGAUCAAAAUUUUAAUCCUAACUCUAGUAUCAUUCAGCUACUUCUUCAGUUUCCUCAUUUGUAAAAUAAAGGGAUAAAAUUAGAUGGUUUCUGUAGUCCCAGAUUAAAAAUCCCUUGAUCCUAAAAUUUUGAUAUAAUCCUAUCAAUUCAAAUAACACAAAUAUUUUGUAAAUUAGGAUUAAAGAAGACAGGAAUUGAGGCAGGAGUGAGGUCUAAUACUAACCAUAUUAGUCAUGACUCAAGGCAGUCAGGACUGUAAUGAUGUCCAAAUGACAAAGGACACAAGACAAACCAAAGUUUACCCAACCCAUCUGGGAGUGCCCAAAGAGACUGGACCAAAUUUGGACAAAAUUCCAAACCAAAAAGAAUAAAUUUAAUUAUAUUACUGUGAAAUAGAUCCCAUUAUGGUUCUAUCAUUAAAAUUCUCAACUUACUCCAGAACUUCACAAUUCAGUACUGUAAGAUUACAUGAGAGCAAACAUUUUAUAAAUACAUAUAAGCCAUUUGUGCUCAGGUUUAUACUUUCACCUUCGUAAAAGUCCAGUUAUCUGAACUUUGUAAUCAGAUCCACUAUCUACACUCCAAAAUGUUUUAUUUUGUUUGCUUUGUAUCUUUAGCAUCUAUCCCAAUGUCUUGCAUAUGAUAGACACCUAAUAAAUAUUUGUUGAAUUAAAUGCUUGAAAGAUAUAUGAUUUGGGGGAAUAAAUCUAAUUUCUUUAUUCCCUUCAAAGAAUCCAAUGUCACAUAAAUUCUCAAUUUCUUUUGUAUUUCUUGGAGAAUUUUUCCUUGUAUUUAUAAUUCUGUAGUUUUGCCACUUAUGUAUUUUGAUUAAUUAUAAGUAAGAUUUUACCAUUCUGGGAUCAUAUGUCUUCUUUCUUCUGAAAGCAUUUAUGCACUCUGGAAAUUUUUCU